AUGAUGCCUUUGGCACCGCUACCAGUAGUUCCCGUGCCGUCCAAGCCAAAGAUGGGUUUCAGCAUCGAGGCCCUGGUCGGCGGCAGCAACAGCGGCGUUCCGGACAGCAAAUCUUCCCCCUCGCCUUCUGAAGACAUGGGCCGGGGCCUUAGUCCCCCCAGAGGGGCGCAGGGCCCCGUGGCCCCGGUGCCCACUUUCCCGGCGGUUAGUAGCGCCGCGUUCCUGGACACUCUCUGCGGUGGCCGAGCCGCCAUGUACCCGCACCACCAGCACGAGCACCCCGGGGGAUAUGCGGGGAUACCCGCGGGGGCGUGUAACCCCCAUGUGGCCCCUUUUUUCCUCGGAAGGGAAUCGUACCCCCUGUACCCCUGGCUGCUGGCGAGGCACCCCAGGUUUCUGGCGCAUCGACUACCAGGUCCAGACGGUGCCGGAUUUCUUCUCCAUCCCUUCCGGAAACCGAAGAGAAUCCGGACGGCCUUCUCUCCAUCUCAACUCCUGAAACUAGAACACGCGUUCGAAAAGAACCACUACGUCGUAGGAGCAGAGCGAAAGCAACUCGCACAAAGUCUAAACCUCACAGAAACACAGGUGAAGGUCUGGUUCCAAAAUCGGCGGACCAAGCACAAGCGUCAGAAACAAGAGGAAGAACAAUCAAGUAGACAAGAUCACAAAUCGGGAUCCUCCGGGUCAUCGGGCGAUUCCAAACAUCACCACCCCCACCCGGCGGGAAGCCACGAAUACAGCGGGAAACAGCACUGGCAGAAUGGAGAGGACAUGCCAUCAUCCCCUAUCUCGGACGACGGAUCCAUGGUGGAAAUCGAAAGUGCGCCUGAAUCCCCAGAGAUGGCGCCACUUUCUACGUGA